CGGAAACUAAACUUUGCUGUUCCGGAAAAUACAGCGGCGCAAGACUUAAUGUAUAUAUCUAUGGGAAUGACACAAACUGCAAGCUGAAGACGCUAUUGUUGCAUAUCGCCUCUGGUUUAAGAGUCACAGAAAAGAGCCAAGAGGACAAGGAGCCAGAAACGUUUCUCCUGCUAACAAGCCACUGGACACGCAACUGUUGAGCGUUUGCCACACAAGCUACCAGGCUGGUGUGUGAAUUUCUGCUGGCUUGGGUGACUUGUUAAGGCAAUGGAUCAGAACAACAGCAUACCAGCCUUUCAGGGCCUGGCCUCACCUCAGGGUGCCAUGACGCCAGGAAUGCCAAUUUUCAGUCCCAUGAUGCCAUACGGUUCAGGGCUGACACCUCAGCCUGUUCAGAACACAAACAGUUUGUCUAUACUGGAGGAGCAGCAGCGGCAACAGCAGCAGCAGCAGCAGCAACAACAACAACAAGCGCAACAAGCACAGCAGGCAAAUCCAGGCCUUCCAGGGACCUCGGGGCAGACUCCUCAACUCUUCCAUUCCCAAGCAGUCACAGGUUCAACAACCACAGCGCUGCCAGGGAACACCCCACUCUACAACACGCCACUGACCCCCAUGACCCCCAUCACACCAGCCACGCCAGCCUCUGAGAGCUCCGGAAUAGUUCCACAGCUACAAAAUAUCGUGUCAACUGUAAAUCUAGGCUGUAAACUGGAUUUGAAGACCAUCGCACUGCGGGCCAGGAAUGCAGAAUACAACCCAAAGCGUUUUGCUGCAGUUAUCAUGAGAAUACGAGAACCCCGCACCACAGCUCUGAUUUUCAGCUCUGGGAAGAUGGUUUGCACAGGAGCAAAGAGCGAGGAGCAGUCCCGGUUAGCGGCCAGGAAAUACGCUCGUGUUGUGCAAAAGCUCGGUUUCCCUGCCAAGUUUUUGGACUUCAAGAUCCAGAAUAUGGUGGGCAGCUGCGACGUGAAGUUCCCCAUUCGUCUGGAAGGCUUAGUACUCACACAUCAACAGUUCAGCAGUUAUGAACCUGAGCUGUUUCCAGGGUUGAUUUACAGAAUGAUCAAACCGAGAAUUGUCUUGCUCAUCUUUGUUUCCGGGAAGGUCGUCUUAACAGGUGCCAAGGUCAGAGGUGAAAUCUAUGAAGCGUUUGAGAACAUCUACCCAAUCCUGAAAGGUUUCCGAAAAACGACGUAGAACGUCGAGUGCCCCGACUUUUACUUUUUCUUUUCUUCUUCUGACAUGGCUGACUUUUGAGUUGACUUUUUUUUUUUUAAAUAAUUCUAUUUCCAAAUACCUGUUUUUAUGAUACGCAUCCCCUCUUAAAUCUACCAGUUUUAAAGAGUUUUCCAAACCCUUGUACACAAGUCUGAAGGAAAAUGUGAUUUUGUUUUUUGCCUUCAACCAGUUUUAAAUAGUUUUAUACAUUGCUUUUUUUUUUUUUUUUUUUUUAGUAAUGUAAAAAGUAAAGUCAUUUCUUGUUUCCUUUUUAUGCUUAUGUUUCAGUCUGUGAUGUAUAGUUGCUGGAUUUGAUGUUAAUUUGGAAAAGUCCUACGAAAUUGUUCAAUAUCUGUCAAGUCAUUUAACUAAAACCACCAAAAGUUACAAUUUAAAUGUUUUUUUUGUUUUGUUUUUAAUGCUUUUGACUGAUCGUCUGGUGGUUUUGGUGAUGUACAGAAAUCUUUCCAGGUCGCCUGUUCCUGUCCAGCCCAAACAUCACCUUUUUCUUUCUUGGUCUAUUUUAAGACGUAUCGGGGGGCACUCACACAGUAUAUUAUACUGUGAGUAGUCUGCUUCUACUUCAUGUGAGCGCCCUCUCUUAAAAUGUUAGCACCUUGUUUUUUUUAGUUUUUAUUUUAUAACCGGUCAAUUUUCUCAAUGUUUUUUGGAAUUGUUUCAUUUAAAAUCAAAAAUAUUAUAUUGAAAUUUGCCCAGGUACAUUACAAUAAAUCUGUACAUACUGA